AUGUCAAAGUCGAAGACGAAAAGGAGAUCCAAGCCAAAGCUACUGAAGGAUGAGGAAUGGGGAGAAUUCUUUCCGAGGCAUGAGAGAACGUACAUUCAAGUGACCAAGGAAAUGAGAAGGAAGGAUCCUCUUCUAUUGUAUCUCUAUUGGGUUCCACAUUUUGGCAAGGAGAGUCCUAUUGGGGUGUAUCAACCUCCAGAGACUUAUGUGGAGAAAAGGAAGAGAAUUCGGGAGAAACAUGCAAAACAGAAAGAGAGAUUACUCGAACGGACUACAAUUGCGGAGAUCAACGCUGGUGAACAAGCCACCCUUAUCCAUGACUUUUUUUUUGCCAAAGAAAAAGACCUAAUUGAAUAG